CGUCAACGAUAAUGUACAGAUGGUAUAGCAUCAAAGCUCAACAGUCGCCACUUUGCUGUCGGUGCUGAAGAAGAAGAUCGAGAAUGAGGCUAGAGUUGAGGCUGAAGUCUGUAGUACCUGUCACCUGGAUGUUGCUUGUCACGUGCACACCAGUCCACAGUCACUGCCCAGACAAGUGGAGUGCCUUUGGUGGCAAGUGCUACAUCUUAAGUCCAUCCUUCCAAACUUGGUCUGAAUCUUUUAAAGCAUGCGGAAAGAUUCGCGGCCAUUUUAUUAAGAUAAAUUCAGCCGCGGAGAAUGAUUUGGUGAGGCAACUCAUCAGCCCUAACUAUACUCACUGGGCGUGGCUACCGAUACACGAUUUGAAUAAGGAGGGAUUGUGGGAGCAAGCCAAGUCGAAGAAACCAUUGGUGUACCAUAACUGGGCCGUCGGAGAACCAAACCAAAACGGCGACGAGGACUGCGGGGCGAUGGCUGCCGACGGGUUGUGGAAUGACCUCUCGUGUGACCUCUUCCUUCCUGCUGUCUGUCAGCGAGGUAUUAUCAAGAUGUGAUGGAAGGGAAACGAAGCACAACUCAACACUGAGGUCACGUGUGACAACAGCUAUAGCGACAUCUACAUGACACCCAACGAAGGCUUCAAAGUCCAUCUUUCCUCCUUUGUUCUCUUUAAAUGUUGUUGUGUAUUAAAAUCUGUGAUCAUAA